CAGUACAUUAAAAUUGUUCCGAUUGGAUAACGAAAUGUAAACUUUACAUGUGAAUUUAAAAGAUAUAUUGUGAUAUUUACAUUUAGUGUAUAUCUCACCUUUUCAUUACAAUGGAUUUUGGUACUUUAUUGAGUGUGGCACAAAAAAAUGAAAAUAGCAAACAGUCUAUUGCCUGCUAUCAAACAAAAUUUACUCCACCCAAAAAGCCAACUAAGCAAGCCAAAGCACUUUCUCAAAAUAUAAAGAAGUUUCUGGCUCGUAAGGAAGAGGAAGAAAAACAGAAAGCCCUGGAAAAGAAAAAGAAACGAGAGAAUUUAUUAUCACUACGUGAUCAUAAAGCCAACAGUCGAAUAAACAAACAUUUGAAAGUAUGUAAAGCUGCUAAUAAAUCUGUAUUGCCAGAUGCAAUUGAUAAUGAGAACACAGCUGUUACAAUGGCAGGUCCUUCGCAGCCUGAUGAAGAUGACUAUGGAUACGUAUCCCAAGAAGCGUCUGCAUUUUAUAAUCAGUUGAUGAGUAAAUACAACAAUACGCCUUUGCCAAAAACAACUCUUAAUGACAGUCGAAAGGGAACAAUAAAGGAUAUUGCAUCCACAAAGGACAGGGUGAAGCAAGCUCUGAAGCAACAAGAAGUGGAAGAAGCUUUGGGUCACCGUCGGAAAAGAAAACAUUCUGUGAAAGAAGUGGAAACAGAGGUCGACGAAAAAGUUGAAAAGAAUAUUAAAGAUGAUGGGAAGGAAAAAGAGGAGAAGCCUAAGUCGAAGAAACGAGCCAUGCCACCACCGAUUGAUUUUACCGAACUACUAAAAAUUGCAGAAAAGAAACAACACGAACCAAUCGUCAUUGACAUCAAGCCAAAAAAUGAUGAGCCUGAAAGGCUGUUAACGAAAAAGCAGAUGAAAGAGUACGCGCUGGAGAAAGAAUGGCGAGAACGAAAAGAGCAACGAAAUAAAGUCGGUAAUGUGAAUAAUAAGGAAGGCAAUUUAACUACACCUAGCAAGCCAGAUAAAACGCAAGACGUUCGUAAUAAUGUGAGUUCUACUAGUAAGAUACCAAAACGACAAGAAAAAUUACUUACGAUACCUUCCACUCCAAAUAAAAUUCCUUCCAAAGUAAUAGCAUUGCAAGGUUCAAAGACUGUUGAAAAAGUCAAUAUCAGCAAGUCUAAUGUAAAUAAGUGUAAUAUUUCAAAAGCAUCCGAGAGAGAUAUACUUUUAGAAGAAAGAAAGAAAUUAGAAACGGAGAAGAAACAAUUAGAAGAAAUGCGACAGGCCAUUGAAGAAGAGAAAAAAAAACUGCAAAUGAGCAAAACUAAAAUUGAAGACGUGAAGAACGCAAAAUCUGAGAAGUUAAUAUCAAAAGUGAAAAUUUCCGAGAAACCAGAAUUACCUCAAAAUGUACAAAAAAAGCCACCAGCAACAAGCGUAACAAAAUGUCGUGUGCCUCAAAUGACGAACGAUAAACCAAAACAAUUUUCGGCAGCAGAUCUUAAACAGAUUAAAACUAAACAGAUAUCAUCUUUAAAAGAGCACAAGAAGUUACUGUUUAAUCAUAAACGUCGCAUACAUAAUGAAAACAAAAAUGAAGAUGAAUAUGACUCUGAGUUGGAUGAUUUUAUUGAUGAUGAGGUAGGAGAAGAAUCUGAAGACUACAGUAAAUACAUAAGUGAAAUAUUUGGUUAUGAUAAGAAUAAAUACAAAUAUGCGGACAACGAAGAUGAUGUAGCUAUGGAAAGUAGCUUUGCACAGCAGCUCAAAGAAGAAUAUGUAUCUACUAAAAUAGGUAUUAUGGAAGACUUGGAGGAUAUGCGUAUGGAAGCUUUAGAGAAAAAAAAGAAAGCUCUCUUAAAAGGAAAAUUAAAAAAGUGA